AGAUGAGAGCAGGAGCAGAGGGUCUCCACACUCAGGACCUUGAGAUGCCGGUCUUGGACCAGAACUAGGGCGGGACCAGGCUGGGGCUGUCCCUUUUUCAAGCUAAAGGGGAUGUACAUGCAGGUCACCUUACCUGGUUCGGAGCUGAGCUGCCGUGACCCUCUUUCCCUUGUCCGGUGUGAGCUUCUGGAGGCCACUGAGGCAGAGCCAGAGGGUAAGGGGGACUGCAGGCUGGGUAUUCCCGGAAGGGAAGUGGGAUCUUUCCUGUGUUUAGAAGGACACGUGGAAAGUCAGCUAUGUGGGUGAACCUUUCCCUUUAUCCCGCUGCAGCGCCAGCUGCAGAGAUCCAGCCGGUGGCAGAAGCAGGGCAGUGGACAGUGGUGGAGGUAGAGCUGGCUCCAGCUCCGUCAAUACCACCCCCUCUAGCGCUGGAGCCAGCGUCCCCUCCCUCAGCAGUGUUGGAGCUGGAGCAAGGGCCCACGUCGGCUCUAGCAGGAGUGGGAGCUGCUGAGCUGGAGUCACCUGGACCAUCACUUCUAGUGGGAAGUCCAUCUCCACCUGUGGCCAUUAAGGAGGGUGAGAAGAAGCCUAACCUCACGGCCUUCCCUCCUAAGCUGGUGGCGGAACAGUUGACCGUGAUGGAUGCGGAGCUCUUCCGGAAGGUGGUGUCCUCUCAGUGCCUGGGCUCCACCUGGGGCAAGAGGAACAAGCCCGGCAAUGAGCACCUGGCACCCACCGUCCAGGCCACCGUCGACCGCUUCAGAAGAGUGGUCAGCCUCGUCGUCACCACCUGCCUCGCGGACCCGAGGUUGAGCCGCAUUGGAGAUUUUCAAGUGUUUAUGGCAACAGAACUCUACGCCCAGUUGAAACUCAAAGCGGUCAAAACAGAGGUGCUCUGUAGAGCUGCGGAAUGGUGA